AUUGGGCCGUUAAAAUGAAAUUUUGUCCACAGGGUUAUAAUGGCCUUUUAAGAAAAAAACUUCCUCUGGAAACCAGCUCACUCCCUGUGUGGCCUGUACGUACGUCUAUAUCGGAAGCAAAAGCAGGCACAUUUCACAGCUCAACCUCUCUCUCUCUAUCUCUCUCUCUCUCUCUCUCUCUCUCUCGUUUUCACUUUCUCAGUCUGAUAGAACCCUAAGCCACACCCAUCCUCAACGCCAUUCUUCUGUAAGCCUUUUAAAAGUUGAAGAAGUUUCAGCUCUGGUCACUAUGGAAGGACAAAGCAACCAAGACAACUUCAUGCAUUUGAUGUCGUUGAAUCUUGGUGGGUUUAAUGUUGCCAAUGAAGUGCAAAAUGUGCCUGGACAUGAUUCUAAGCAUGUUCCAAUGGCAGCUGGAAGUGGUUGGAACCGUACUGAUGCUCUGAAUAUACCCUGGUGGAUUCAAAACCCAGAAGCAGCUCACGAUUAUGUCAAAUUUAAUGCAGAAAGUUCAUCAUUUCUUUCAAGGGCUUCUUCUGAAAAUGUGUUGGAGAGCCUUCAUUUCCCAGUUGGUGGCACAAAUGCUGUUCAUGCGGUCGCUGUAAACGACAAACUGGAAUUGAGCUGUGCUCCUAAAUCUACUGAUGCUUCCAUUGACGUGGAUGCUUUGAAGACAAAAUUUCUGAGGUCUCACGAUGAAGAACUGGAAAACAAACCUACAAUAAAAAAACAUGAGAUCCAUACUGAGAAUCCUUCUUCUUGGACACAAAAAUCAAAUGUGGACAGCUAUAAUAAUGUUUCUCAAGAUGAACCAAGAGCAAGAGUUGCUGCAUCUGGUUUCAUGUCCCAACAACAACGUAAUACCAUAUCAAAGGAUUCAAAAGACAAAGCCACUUUAACUGAUCGCCAUCGCAGGGUAAAAAUUGCUGAAAGAGUCAACGCAUUGCAAGAAUUGCUUCCACAUUCUGCAGAGGGUGGUCAAGCAGCUGUACUGGAUGAUGUCAUUGACUACAUCAAGUAUUUGCAGCUUCAAAUAAAGGAUUUAAGUAAAAGAAGAUUGGGAGGUGAAGCAGCUACAGAGCCUAUCAUUUUCCUCGAGGGAUAUGGUCACUAUGUUUGCAACCAACAGAUGCUGAGCGAACCUCUUGAAGAGAUGAUGGGGAAAUUGCUGGCGGAAAAUCCAUUAGCAGCAAUUCAGCUGUUGGAGAUGAAGGGUGUUCUUCUCAUGCCCAUGGAUUUUGCUGAAGGAUUGCACUGAGCUCCUCAUCUGCAUAACCACUAUACUCCUUGUAGUUUGGUUAAACAUCUGCCCAUUAAUGGUUUACCCUGGAAAAUUACUUUGUUUGGCUCUAGAUCUGGUAAAAG